CAUUUAUUUCUGCUGCCGAGCCGUCUCUUUUUGCAGUUUAGCCCCUCGUCCCUCGCGUUAUGUCGGUUUCGCCCCUCUCUCACCGCCUCGUCGUUCUCUUCUCGUCACCUGCUUUCCAUUUCCAAAUGCCGCCGCCCCGGUAAGCUUCCGCCUGCGCUUCGCGUCUCUCCCGCGGAUCCGAUCCGAGCACGCACGCUCCAUCGGAAGCGCAGGAGGAGCACAAGGAGGAGGAGGCUGAGAAGAGGCCUUGUUGGAGAGUAGUCGCGGCGCAGGGAGCAGAGGCGUACGUGCGCUCCCCGCGCGCGUGCGUGGAGACGUACGUACGUGCGUGGGAGUACCAGGAGGAGGAGGAGCGGCAUGGGCUCCAGGCGGCGGCGCCACCACUACCACCGUCGGUGGGUGGUGCCCGCUGUGGCUCCGGCCGCGGCGGCGUUCGCGGCGGCCGGGCUGCUGCUCGUCGUCGUCGCGUUCCACUGCUUCCUGUCGCCGCCGCUCGGCGGCGGCGGCGCACGUGUUGUUCGCCGCCCGAAUCCCCCGUUCCUGCAGUUGAACAAGCCAGAGGAGCUGCGUAGAAAUGUUAUUGGCACCGUGGAUUUCAGCGUUCCCAGCGGUGGGAGCAAGCUGGGGGAGGAGCUCUGGGAGUCGAAGGCGGCGAGCAACUUCUUCGCCUGCAGCAACGCGACCAAGCAGUUCGCCGAUGCAAAGACCGUGACGAAGUCGGAUCGCUAUCUGAUGAUCGCGACGAGCGGUGGACUGAACCAGCAGCGAACAGGGAUCAUAGAUGCUGUUUUGGCAGCCCGCAUUCUGAAUGCAACGCUUGUCGUUCCAAAGCUGGAUCAGAAAUCCUUCUGGAAAGACGCGAGUGAUUUUGCAGAGAUAUUUGAUGUUGAUUCAUUCAUAUCCACGCUCUCAAAUGAUGUAAAGAUCAUACGGCAAGUUCCUGAUAGGAAUGGGAAAAUGCCAUCACCCUAUAAGAUGCGUAUUCCUAGGAAGUGUACUCCAAAAUGCUACGAGAACCGAGUACUACCUGCUCUUCUAAAAAAGCAUGUUGUUCAACUAACAAAAUUUGACUACCGAAUGUCCAAUAGGUUAGAGACUGAUCUUCAAAAGCUUAGGUGUAGAGUCAAUUACCAUGCACUACAGUUCACGGAUCCAAUUCUCAAAAUGGGUGAAACGCUUGUUCAAAGAAUGAGGGCAAAAAGUGGACGCUUCAUUGCUCUUCACCUAAGAUUUGAGCCUGACAUGCUUGCUUUCUCUGGUUGCUACUAUGGGGGUGGAGACAUUGAGAGAAUAGAACUCGGUGAGAUUCGUAAGAGGUGGAAGACCCUGCAUGCAAGUAACCCUGACAGAGAACGGCGGCACGGUAAGUGCCCUCUAACACCAGAGGAAGUCGGCCUCAUGCUCAGGGCAUUGGGAUUCGGGAAGGACGUGCACCUAUAUGUUGCAUCAGGAGAUGUAUAUGGAGGUGAGGAGACAUUGGCACCUCUGAAAGCACUCUUCCCAAACUUUCACUCAAAGGAGACUCUAGCGAGCAAGGAGGAGUUAGCACCAUUCUUACCGUAUUCAUCUCGCAUGGCUGCUCUUGAUUUUAUCGUAUGUGAUGGGAGCGAUGUUUUCAUGACAAACAACAAUGGCAACAUGGCCAGAAUGUUGGCUGGUCGAAGGAGAUAUUUUGGGCACAAGAGGACCAUAAGGCCCAAUGCUAAGAAACUUUACUCACUCUUUCUGAAUCGAACCAGCAUGAGUUGGGACACAUUUGCAUCCAAAGUUCAGACGUUCCAAAAGGGAUUUGUGGGGGAGCCCAAUGAGAUUAAACCAGGAAGAGGCGAAUUCCAUGAGUAUCCUAUAGAUUGCAUUUGUGCAAGAACAAAGGGAAAAACUGGACAUAGCAGGCCGCACCUAAUUAAACAUGUUGGGGCAGCUGUUGAGAACCAGUCUAGUGAUGGGGACCUCGACUGGAGGGAUUUGGACUAUGGAGAGCAUACACCAUUGGGAAGGGAUUCAUCAAAUGAAGCCGAAUUAGAUGAUAAUCGUGUUGGUGGAUCAGACAUUCCUGAAUUGGAGGACAUGAUCUCAGACUAGCCACUUAAGAUAGAUACUUUUAGAAUAGGUUUUUUCCCGAAGGUCUUGGUGAUAAGAGUUCUUUGGUGGACAAAAGCUACUGUAUAAUUUAUCUUCUCCUGUUUAUUUAUUGGAGACUUAUAGAAACCAGGAAGAGUUUCUGCCAACCCGGCAAAGAAUAAAGGUCAGGAAGAGCUUCUUGCAGAAAAAAAAACAGAAACAAGCCUUCAAUAUGAGCAAGACAAUUGUACAGUGUUUGAUUGGUCCUCAAGUAAUGCUGGUUGGGAAAACUGGAAGUCAGAUUUCCCUCAAGGAUUUCUUUCGUAUAGCUUAAAUAGAUGCUAAAGAAAAAUUCCCUUUUGAGUUUUUCUGUACAAUGUUAUAAUUAGAGUUUGCUGGGUUUUAGUCAUUAUUCUUGAUUUUUUUUUCCUUUCACAAUAUCUGGUAUUUCCCAAUUUUGUUGGUCUUCUAUGAAAUUUGUAUAUAACUUGAAACAUGGGAAUGAAAAGGGAAUUUGUACCGA